ACCCCUUCACGACCCGUCCGUCCCUUCUACCCUUCUCGUUCUCUCGUGCCGCCGCCGCUGCCGCUCGCCGCAGCCGCGGCGAGGAGCCCUUUCCUCCAUUGAGAGUCCGCCGCCGCCUCCGGUGCGCCGCCUCCGCCGACGGUCUCCGGCCUUCUCGAAUCGCGGCCCACAGAUUGAUAGUCAGAAAUUGGAAAGAUAAGGUGGAAAUCAGCUGUCUUUGGUGGAAUGCCUAAGAUAAAGACAAGCCGAGUCAAAUAUCCAGAAGGAUGGGAGCUUAUUGAGCCUACCCUUCGUGAUCUAGAGGCAAAAAUGAGAGAAGCUGAAAAUGAUCCGCAUGAUGGAAAGAGAAAAUGUGAAGCCCUUUGGCCUAUCUUUAAAAUUGCACAUCAGAAGAGCCGCUACAUUUAUGACCUCUAUUAUCGCAGGAAAGAGAUAUCAAAAGAAUUGUACGAAUUUUGCUUGGAUCAGGGCUAUGCAGACCGUAAUCUGAUAGCGAAGUGGAAAAAGCCAGGUUACGAGCGCCUUUGCUGCCUGCGGUGCAUGCAGACUCGAGAUCACAACUUUGCAACUACUUGUGUCUGCAGGGUCCCUAAGCACCUGAGAGAAGAAAAGGUUAUAGAAUGUGUUCAUUGUGGCUGCAGGGGUUGUGCUAGUGGAGAUUGAUGCAUACCGUCAUCCGAGCAAUUAUGUCAGAUUUUUAGAUGAAACGACAUUGAAUCUGUAAACAAAAUGCAAAUGCCAUUAACUAUGGAUUAUUGCAAACUUGAGAAGAAUAUGUUAGUACUUGAAGCGUUUAAUCUGUAAUCAUCUGUUUAUCGAAUGAGGUUGGUAUGGACAUCCAUGCAGUUUUGGGAUGGAAGUGGUGCAUUGCCUGGUACGACCAUCGCAAAGCCUUUGUUUUAUGAGCAUUAUUAUUUGCUUUGUAUUCACAGAUAAACCAUACAGACUCCAUGCAAACUAUUCAGAUGUAUGCACAUGAUGCAAUUUGAAAACUUUAUACGAGAUGUUCAAUUUUUUGUAAAAUU